AUGGCUGUCAUUUACUACAGAUUUCGUUCACAAAAGCCCGACCACAUUGCCACUAUCAAAUUUGACGGUACGGGGCUGACCGUUUUUGAGCUGAAGCGUGAUAUCAUCAUGGCAAAUAAUUUACUAAAUUCAGCAGAUGUUGAUAUUAUAUUGUAUAGCUCUGAAAACAUACAAGACUCAAACGUUUUCAGCUCCGAAAAUGAUAGAGAACUUGUCGAUGAUAAUGAGGUUAUACCACGUUCCGCUACUGUUAUUGUUCGUAGAACGAAUGCACUUAAAAAAGGAAGAGGUAAUGUUCAACGGUAUGUCACUGGUAAGCCUAGAUUGCACCUCACUUCAAACUCGGCUAGUAUCAAUACUAAUAAUUACGCAAUACCAGCUGUAGGCGGCACAACUGGUAAUGGUGAUGAGGACGACAUGAUCCAAAAGAUGUUUAAUGCCCAGGAUCAACAGUGGUCCGAGCAGCAGAGCGUGUUAGCAACAGCAACUAGGGUAGAUACGUAUAGGCCUCCAACUAAUGAACCUGUUCCAGAUUAUUACAUUUGUUACAAGUGUGGUGAAAAAGGUAAACACAAUAUCAAGAAUUGUCCUAAAAACAACGAUCCAAACUGGGAAGGCGUUCGUAUCAGGAAAACGACUGGUAUCCCAAAAAGUUACUUGAAGACUAUUGAAAAACCAAACGAAAAUAUGGGAGAUGUACCGCCAAAUGGUACCACAUACAUGGUCAAUGAUGAAGGUAAGUACGUGGUUGCUGUUGCUGACACUAAGGCAUGGGAGCAAUUUCAAAAUAUUAAAAAGGGAGAAAAACUAGCCAACACCGAUGAUAUUGAUGUAGAAGAUGGCGAAUUGAAAGACCCUGAAACAGGGAAGCUAUGGAAGAAUCCAGUACGAACACCAUGCUGCAAUAAAGUAUAUUCAAGAAAGUACAUUGAGGACAAACUUAUUGAAGACGAUUUUACAUGUCCAAACUGUAAGAAAGAACAGAUAUAUUUGGAUACUUUAACACCAGAUGAAGAGCUACAGAAAAAAAUUACAGGAUACAUUGAAGAGAAGUCUAAGGCAAAGAAAGAAGAGGGUAACUCGCCCAAGAGGCAACAGCUCAAACCACCAGGAAUGACAAUGCCGAUGAUGCCAAUGCCAAAUAUGAUGAAUAUGCCUGCUUUAAACAUGGGCAUGCCUCCUUUCAUGCCAUUCAUGAAUCCUUACAUGAAUUCGAACACGCCAAACCCAGUAGCAAACAGUAUGCAUUCACAGCAAAAUAGCCCGGGGCAACAGCCAAAGUAA